UAGCAAUAAAAAGGCUCAACGUAAAAUUCUCCGACCUCGCACCUUUUCGUAGGUAGUCUUUUCUGUGAUAAAUUCCUAUUUUCUAUGUGUUUCAUUUUUCGUGAUAAGUGCCUCUCGAAAAAGAAAUUCUCUAAAUAAGCGUGUUUUUAUAAUGUGUAUGUGUGCAACAUCCCGACAGUGGUGUAUUAUUUUGUGCGGUUAAUGUCAUUGGGAUCACGAUGCGUAUCGGUUUUAUGCUUUAUUGGUGCGUAUUCGCUCUUCAUUUGUGCAAAGCUGAUGAUGUAGAAAGGACAGAAACUAAGGAUGGCGGAAGACGACCACAGUGGGGUCCCGUUGUGAGGAGCGGAUCAUAUGUGAACGACGCAGCAGUGACAGCUUCCAAUGAGCAAAUACUGGUAGAGGCAUGCAACAACGAAGCAUCUUGCCUUCAAGACAAGGCUGGUCUGGAAGCCAUCACCCAACUCCACAGGCAGCUGGACGAUGACGCCAACGGCAAUGUGGACCUCAGUGAGAGUGAUGACUUCCUGCGGGAGGAGUUGCAAUACGACAGCGGAUACGAGAAGCGUCAGAGGGCCUUCCACCACAACGACGACAUGCACAUAUCCGUCAAAGAGCUGUGGGAGGCGUGGCUCCGGUCAGAGGUGCACAACUGGACUGUGGAGCAGACUGUGGACUGGCUCGCCCAAUCUGUGGACUUACCCCAGUACAAGACACUCUUCUUGCAACACAAAGUCACUGGCGCUACACUACCAAGGCUAGCAGUCAACAACAUGCAGUACCUCAACAACGUCCUUGGCAUCAAGGACCCCAUUCACAAACAGAAGUUGGCCUUGAAGGCCAUGGAUGUCGUGCUCUUUGGACCACCUAAAGAAGGCAGUAGAUGGAAGGAUUGGUUGCUUGCUACCCUCCUACUCGGCGCUGUCAUUGGCGCGUGGGCAGCACUGCGAGCGGACCGCGCGAGUCGUACCAAGAUGCAGACUAUGCUCGACGAAAUGGACCAGCUGCGUAAAGCGGAGAUGGCGCUAGAAGAUAUGCAGAAAGACCUGGACAGAGCUAAGCAGGAACAGGAAAACGUGAAUACAGAAAAAAGAAAUUUGGAGAAGAAGCUGAAAGAGGCCGGCGAUACACCCAUGCUGAACGCGGCGUCGUCUGACCUAGAAGUGUCACAACUCAAAGCCGAAAUAGAGAUGUUAAGAGCUGAACUUCGUCGCGCGGAAGGUGAACUCGAAGACAGAUGCUGGGCCCCGCCAGCCGGUCUGCAGCAGUGGCUACAACUCACUCAUGAAGUCGAGAACCGCUCCUAUCUUCGGAAGAAGCAGCAGGCGGAUAUGCAGCUGCAGCAGGCGAGAGAAGCGUGCGAGAAGCUGCGCAAGAAACGUUCGAGUCUAGUAGGUGCGUUCGUAUCGACGCACGGCAAGUCCAUCGACGACGUCGACCGCUCCAUAGUGGAGGCGCGCACGGCACUUAACGAAGUCACUCAAGAAUUACAGGAGAGAAUGCACAGAUGGAAACAGAUUGAGCGGCUGUGCGGUUUCAACAUCAUAAACAACAACGGCUUGCAGUUCCUUGAGACGACUCUAUACAGAAACGUGAACGGCCGCCCUGUGGGCAGAGUUCGCAUGAGUAGUUCCCAAGACGAUCUAAGUGUGGGCGACGACGCAUCAAUCUGCGGCUCAGUGGCGGAAAACUUUGGCUGGCGUGAAGACUCGUCGGGCAGCGAAACCGAUGCACCACACUACCCGCUGGAUCUGAGACUUGCUGAAGCUAGGUUGCAAUUAGAAGAGCGUUUAGCGCAAGAAGCGCGUGAGAGGCGUCAAGAUGAAAAGAAAUUAGAGGAUUACAAAAUUAAAACUUCUUUCAACGACGUUCGGAAGAGUCCCGUGGACGACAGGCGGAGGGAACAAGUCCACUUCGUCUUGGGAGGUGAUAACGUGAACUGGACAGGCGAGGAUCUGCAACGUGCGCCUCACUCGCAGUCCCAACCGCAACUGCGCGCAUCCGUACGCGGCGUCCCGCUCCCCCCUCCCCGCCGGCCUCUGUCGUCCGGCGCGAUGGUGCGCUCGCGCAGUACCGACGUAGUGCCCUACACUGACGACCCGAGACCGCCGCCCCGGCACCCCUUCACUAAACACAAGACUCUCGCCGAAGGGACUAUACAAUCUGAAACGCCCACUCCAUCCAGCAACACACCACCCGAGGAAGAAUCUACAGAUUCCUCUCUAAUGGAAGACGAGAGUUUACCAAAACCGCGCAAACGACGCAUCCAACUACCAUUCGGUAAGAAAAGCAAAACGCCCGCGUGACAAACGUCCCACAGUCUGCGAUGCGCGAUAUGCCUUACACAUCACAGCUAUUGGGACUGCGGUUGUAGGAUAAGGUAGCAUGACGACAUCAUCGCACGGUACAACGGAUUAGGGAGAUUUUCGAUUGAAAAGAGAGCCUUGGAUGGUCAAUUACGAUUGUCAAUACAAUUUUGUUUUUACAUCAAAUAUUUUAUUUGUAACAUACGGGUUGCAUUGGUGAUUACAGAUAAAAUAAAUUACAGCUGUGAUCAGUCCUAUUGGUUAGCAUACAGUCUCAUAUCUCAAUCGAUUGUGGAUCUUAUGUCAAACGGUAUAAAGAUAUUGUUAUUGUAUUUAAAUUACUGUUUGGAAUAAUUUGACCUCUUGACUGCCUGUACGGCGUUGACAUCUGAGUCAAUUGCAAUUGAAGCUCCUUUGAGGCAGUUUUCUGUGUGUUUGCCUUUUUUGUAUUGAAAAAGUUGGUUUGUGAAAUACCAUUAUCAAGAAGUAAGCGGAAACAACAAUUACUUGCUUCAGUGGCGUAUUGAUUGCCUAUUCUGACAUUAUCACACACAUUUGUAGAACUGACAAUUGUAAUUGACCAUCUAACGGUCCCUUUACGCGGAUUGGAUUUCGGGUGCUGAUUCCAUACGUAAGUUAAGCUGUCUAUACUCAUCAGUGCUUGGCGUUCAAAUAUCACAUAAGACCUAAUAAAAUUGCGGACUAAAUACUAGCAGACAGAAUCUGCACCAGCUUCCGCGUAAAGAAGGAGGAAGAAGGCACCCUAAUAUACUGUUGUUGUUUGUUUGUUUGUUAGUAAAGUUUGUCUGUGAUCGUGGGACUAGAGAAAGUAAGUCAGUAAGGGUUGUCGCCACCUUUAGAUUAUACAUAGAAUUCAAUUAAAAUUAUCAAUUUACAGUAAUCGCAAAAAUGCAGUGCGACAAGGUUCAUUGUGAACGUAAGUAACAGUUCAUGGGGGACGCUGUUGUCUACGUGAAUGACCUACAAAAUAUGACGUUUACAAAGACGGCGGCGUUAGUUCUAAUUUUCGCCACCUUCAAAAGAUCCUUGUCACACGAUAAAUCAUUUUUGUUACUAUUUAAAUGUCUUGAGCGUCCAACGCGCGAGUGUUACUCCUUUUGGCUUACUGCGAAGUGUUGUUGCGACAUUUUAGGUAAUAAGAAAAAAAAUUUUUGAGUAUAAUAUUUGAGUAAUAGCGUAACAUUAAAAUAAAUUUCUAUAUUUCAUAGAGAAAAUAACUCUAUUUUGAUAUACAGGUGGCAACCCUAGUACCAGUACAGUGGAGGUCACGACAAUGGAUACACUUAAGCAAAAGUUAAUAUAGCUCCUAUUGCUACGUUAUAGAUACUUUUUAAUGACGAAUUUUUAACCAGCGACGUGGCCCCAGCUGUACGACGUGUUGUGAUAUGCGGCCUAAUUUAAAUAUUUAGACGAAAUUGCUGUCAAUUUUUAUUCAAUCAAAUGAUGUUUAUAGGAAAAAUUGUGAAUCACCAAUAUUAAUUAUAUAGUAUUUAUGAAUUCAAAAAUUAAUUACAGUACUUUAAUAUAAGUGACAAUAUCUGAUUUUAACUGGUUUUGAAAACGAUGUGUACUAAUGGCAGAAGAUUAACCGCUAAAGUAUUUUUGUUACAAAUGUACAUUUAUUGGGCUUUCGAUCAGAUUUUAUUUUAUGAUUCGUAACUUACCUUUUAAUCUUUGUUCCGCAUAUUUAGAACGAUAAUUAUUAUUGUCAUUUUAUGGCAGUCGGCACCUCACUGGGCUAUUUGUUAACUUGAUAUCGGUCUGAUCCUUUUCAUUCCUUAUAUGGACAGCCUGUUGUCAAUUUUACAAAUAAUAAAUACAAAUAGCCGAGUGAAGGGCCAGCAUUAGAUGUUUUUAUUAUAUGGCAAAUCAUGGAAAUGAUUUAGUACUUACCAUAAUUAACACAUCUCUAUUUAUUUGACCAUCACAAAUUCUGAGAUUUAUCGAUAUGUACGUGCCUAAUGAAUAUUGAACUGAUUUGAAAUAAUAAAUUGGGAAUGUUUUAUAUAUUAAUAGAUCGCAAUUCUUCCAAAUCCCCCAUAAUUGUCAACAUCUCUACUAAUUUUUUUUUGUUAUUUAUGAUUAUGUUUUGAAUAUCGAGUUUUAAUGUCGCAUGUGUUUUUUUUUAAAUUAUACUGUUAAAUGACAUUUGAUGUCCAUAAAUAAUGUGGUUCGAUUAUAAAUACUAAGCUUGUUAUUUAUAAAGCUUCUUUGUCCGCAAAAUAUGGAAGUAUUUCUUUUUCUAUAUAUAUAAAUAUCUAUAAAUUGCUCAUAAAUUUUACUUUUAAAAAUAAUGCAAUUCGGUCAGCCCUCGUUUCCAAAAAAAACCUGUUAUACUUAAUACACUUGUGUCAAACGAAAAUAUUUUAAUAACAAGGUGGUUGUGAGAUUUUUGUGUAUUUUUCUUUUGUGUCUGCACUGUUUGACUAUAAUAUAUUAUUUAAAAGCCAUUUUGGGUUGUCUUGAUGAUUGUUUAUAUAUUAUGUCUCGAUUCCUAUUUUGGAGAACGAUUAUAUUCUUAUUAUUAUAAAUUAUUGCCUAUUUAAAAUUGAGACAGUGGACAAUUGUUUACGCUGUUAUACACAGCUGUAAUUUUGAAUUUUAGUCUAAAUUAUACUUUUCGGUUCACUUUAUAAAUAAACAUUUAUGUAGACCCUUUCGUUGUUAAGUAACGAAAGAUUAGUUUGCAAUUGCUAGUGUAAAUUUAAUAUUCGCUGUAUGUAUAUAAAUUAUUAACAUGUUUAACCAUAUCGCAUCAUUCCCUGUUGUUUGUGUAGCUGUGUAUGUUAUACGAUAGUGCGAUAUUGUUUGUCCCUUAGCUGUAUGUAGGUUAAUUUAAGGCAAUUUGGUGCUAAACGAGUGUCUACAGACUGAAAACAUCAUGCAUGGCUCAAAUUUUUAUACCAAUAUAUGAAAUAUGUGACAGUUAAAUAUUUUCAACAGCUCUGAAGUUUUAAAUGAGUUAACUUAAGUUUAUGGACUUUGUGAUGACUCGUCGAUGGAUUGUUUUGUACGAUCAAGACAUCGAGAUUUUUUGGGGUUUUAAUAAUAUCAGCAAAGUACAAAAAAUUUGCGCUUAACAUAAAUAUCGUAUCGCUGUCUGAACCACACUCUGUGGCCUAUCAUGGGCUUACAGUGAUAAAGUGUUACAAAUGUUUAUUACUCGCUCCUCAAGUGAAACGUACCUACGCCAUAUAUAUACAAACUUCCAUUAGUAUUGUGUCAAAGCAUACAGUAAUAUUAAGUUGACUGUACUUAAAUUUUAAGCCAGGUAUACUACAGUACAAAAUUAUAGAAUUUGGCAAGUUUUCUUAGUUAAGCCAUAUAGCAAAAAAAUAAUGUUUUUAAGCGAUCAUGUCCUUUAUAAUAAAAUCUAUCUUCUUCGUCUUUUUUGUACUAUUAUUUUAUUUGUAAACAUCCAAGAGAGCCAUUUCGAGAAGUAAUCUCCGAUUCGUUGUUGACUGCAUAAAUAUUUUUCUAAGCAAAAUAUCUGUAAUCUAGAAUUUGAAGAAAUUAGCAAAAAUUAAAGUAAGUAAUUCUUAUUAUUUGGUAUAAAUUAGUCAAUGCUAUAAACAGCAUUAUAAAAAUGUAUAUAAAUAGAGUGUUUUCUGAUCCAUUUAAAUAUUAUUUAUUGUAUAAUGAAUGAAGUAUACUUGCAGAAUAUUAUGAGGUACAGUAAGCAUGAUUGAGGUUAAAUUUUCAUCUAUAUUUAACAAUCAAUUAAAUAAUUUUUAAUUACUGUUGAUACGUGAGGUAAGAAUACUAUCGAUAUUUUUUGAUAUAAACCGGCACAACUUUACAAAUAGCUAAAACGAAUAGCCUGGCGAACAAAACGGUAUAAUUACAUAAAAUUAAAUUUUACAGCUGUAUAAAACUGAAUGACAUAACUCCAGUGAGCUUUUGGCAUGGUUUUUAAUUUAUGAAUUUAGUAAUUUUAACACUGUUUUAGGCG